AUGGAAAAUCUCUACCUGUACUUUUGCUUCGUCUUCUUCAUUUUCCUCACCAUCAAGCUUUUAACUCGGAGAAAACGCAACUCACCCCCGAGUCCCUUGUCUCUGCCAUUUAUUGGCCACUUUCACCUUCUCAAAAUCCCGCUCUACAAAUCAUUGGCUACCUUGUCAUCAAAGUAUGGCCCCAUUUUAUAUCUCAAACUAGGUUCCAUGCGUGUCCUUGUUGUAUCUUCUCCUUCUGCUGUUGAGGAAUGCUUUAGCACGAACGAUAUGAUAUUCGCAAACCGGCCUCCAACUAUGGCCGGUGAUAUCUUAAUGUACGAUGGCCGUUCUUACGUCUGGGCGCCUCACGGACCUCUUUGGCGGAACCUCCGCCGUGUCACCGUCGUUGAAAUGUUAUCUUCGACCAGCGUUCAGAAGUUUUCUUCCAUACGUGAAGAUGAAGUCGGCCACUUGGUUCGUCACUUGUUUGAAGCCUCGGCCGGCGGAGGAAAGGUGGACUUGAAAUACUUGUUCGGUCUUUUGACGACGAAAGUCAUGCUGAGGGUGGUGGGGGAGGCGGCCGCGGCUAGUGACAAGGAGGAAGAAAAGAUGGUAUUCCAUGAAUUUAAGAGUUUGUUUUUUCCGAGCUCGGUGAUGAACAUGUGUGAUUUCUUCCCGGUUCUGAAGUGGAUUGGUUUCCAAGGGAUCGAAAAGGGGUUGAAAGAAAUGCAUAGGAGGAGAGAUGAAUACCUGCAGAAAUUAGUGAAUGGAAUUAGAUUAAAUACAACCCUUGCCAUUCCAAAUCCUUCAUUCAUCCAAAAGCUUUUGUCUUUUCAAGAACAAGACCCUCAGUUCUUUUCUGAUCAAGUCAUCAAGGGCACCGCACAGAUGAUGUUUGUCGCAGGAACUGAAACGACAUCAGCUACACUGGAAUGGGCAAUGUCACUCCUCUUGAAUCAUCCAAAGGCUUUGGAGAAAGUGAGAGCAGAGAUCGAUAGCCAUGUCGGGUACAAUCACCCGCUAAAUGACUCUGAUCUUGCCAACCUUCCUUAUCUUCGUUGUGUUGUAAAUGAGACACUCAGAUUAUAUCCCCCAGGGCCGUUUCUAAUGCCUCAUUACUCAUCUGAAGAUUGUACGGUGGGUGGAUAUGAGGUACCUAAAGGCACACUGCUGAUAGUCAAUGUUUGGGCCAUACACAAUGAUCCUAGCAUAUGGGACGAGCCAACCAAGUUCAAGCCUGAAAGGUUUGAAGGCAUUUCGAAAGAAGGAUCGAAAUUUCUUCCAUUCGGACUCGGGAGGAGAGCUUGUCCAGGAGCUACCAUGGGCUUGCGGUUAGUUCUGUUGGCACUUGGUGCAGCUAUACAAUGCUUUCACUGGGAAAAUGUAGGGUCAGACACUGUGGAUAUGACCCCUGGUACUGGACAAGCAGCUUUGUCCAAGGAUAUUCCAUUGGAGGUUCUGUGCUCUCCACGGCCUGAUUUGACUAAACUCCUCUCUCAAUUUUAAAGUUCGAACUUAAACUAAAAC